GGAUUGUAGCCUACUUAAAUAUCGUUGGCGAUCCCCAGUAAGAGGAGAACUUGGGACGCGGGAAGUACAGGCGUCCACCGAUUCAAAGCCGAUUUCCAUGUAAUAGUGCUCUGCAAGAGGAUCCGUAUAACCAAUAUAACCUUCUUUCACUCCCUUCAUACGUUUCAUACGAAGGUUUUUUUAACAGUUCUCCGGCUCGCCUCCGAAGCCUUAUUCACGUAAUUACGGAACUUUUGUUUCCCCAACCCGAUUAUACCGCACAACAAGGAAGUUGAAACAUAUUUGACAGUUCCACGUUUGACAGCUUAGUCUUGUUAUCACGUUGAAUACACAUAUGUACACACAGCUAUUUGAUAGCUUGGAGCUUUUAGUUGUUAAAUAUUGAUGAUAAUGCGCGGCUAACUGAUACUCCGAUAAAUCAAGAUUCUGAGUAGAUAAUAAAGUAGAAACCGACUAAAGCGAGAUACUCAACGCUGGGUAGUGUUCCUGAGAUUCAUUCUUACCCAUCGACGAAGACUUCUUGGUUUCGGAAGGCUUAUAACACACCGUAACAAAUGUCGAAGAACAAAUUGAACCUGACUCUACCUCCAGGUUCUAUAGAACCUGUGGCAGCAGUCUCACCUUCGCCACCAGUUCCGCCAUUGCCUGUUUACACAGAACCUGCAGUACCAAUUCCGGAUGGUGUAAUGGGAAAAAUGAGCAUCGAUGCCCUUCAAGAGCGAUUAGAAGAACUAGAAAUGGAUGAGGAACAACGCAAAAGAUUGGAAAGUUUUCUUGGCCAGAAAGAAAAAGUUGGUGAAUUAUGUGAUGAGGAUUUUGAAAAAUUAGGAGAGCUGGGUGCGGGAAAUGGUGGCGUUGUUAUGAAAGUCAGACACAAAAAGUACGGCCUCAUCAUGGCUAGAAAGCUAAUCCACCUUGAGGUAAAACCGGCCAUCAAAAAACAAAUAAUAAGGGAACUCAAAGUUCUCCACGAGUGUAAUUUCGCACACAUUGUAGGCUUCUACGGAGCAUUUUACAGCGAUGGUGAAAUCAGCAUAUGUAUGGAAUACAUGGACGGCGGAUCGCUGGAUCUUAUUUUAAAAAAAGCUGGCAGAAUACCUGAAUCGAUAUUGGGAACCAUCACAGCUGCGGUUCUCAAAGGAUUGAGCUACUUGAGAGACAAACAUGCUAUUAUGCAUCGUGAUGUAAAACCGAGCAACAUUUUAGUCAACAGUGCUGGAGAAAUAAAAAUUUGUGAUUUCGGUGUUUCCGGUCAGCUCAUUGACUCAAUGGCUAAUUCCUUUGUCGGCACCAGAAGUUACAUGUCUCCAGAAAGACUUCAGGGUACACACUAUUCGGUCCAAAGUGACAUAUGGUCUCUCGGCUUGUCAUUAGUUGAAAUGGCGAUUGGAAUGUAUCCAAUUCCCUCUCCAGAUGCAAGAACUUUAGCUUCAAUAUUUGGCCCUCAACAAAAUCAAUCACCUGCCGAAAAUGCCCCUGCUAAUAACGUGUCCACUCCAACAUCACAGUCGCCUGCUCAUAAUGCUAGUAGUCCGAGACCAAUGGCGAUUUUUGAGUUACUGGACUAUAUUGUGAAUGAACCACCUCCAAAGCUUCCACCCGGUAUUUUCAGCAACUCAUUUACGGAUUUCGUUGACCGUUGUUUGAAAAAAAAUCCCGCUGAAAGGGCGGAUUUGAAAACGUUAAUGAACCACGAAUGGAUAAGAAAAGCAGAAUCAGAAAAUGUGGAUAUCGCAGGAUGGGUAUGUCGCACUAUGGAUCUUCAACCAACCACUCCAACGCGCCUAGCGAACGUACAGUCCUGAAUAAAUGUCACUCUUACAUACUUGACCACAUACAUUCGUGUUCAGUACUCUUAAGUAGUUCUGAGUUUCUUUCAUUUUAAUCAAUUAUAAGCAGUGGCAUUUUCUCAUUUGACGUUUCUCUGUAUAUGCUCAUCCCCACAUAAACAAUUUUGAGAAUAGACAGUAACGUAUGGACAUUAGCCACUCACUCAAACUAGGUAUCUAAUUUAAUUGUCUUCAUUUUCACAUGCUAA